GACCUCUCUCUCCACCCCCCGCUCGCCCACAAACUGCCAGCGUCGUCGGUGUUUUCCGUACCGAGUUCUUUCUGUCAGUGUCAAUUCGGCAUUCUGCCACAUGUAUAUUACAUCAGAUUGAUAAAAUUCACAUUUUCGUGCUUAAAUCUUCAUAAAAACGGCGCAUCCUAUCCAGUCAAGAUGGUGUUAUCGUGUAGAUUCUACAAGCAGAAAUUCCCUGCGGUGGAAGAUGUUGUGAUGGUGAAUGUGAGAUCCAUCGCCGAAAUGGGCGCCUACGUCUACCUGCUGGAAUAUAACAACAUCGAGGGAAUGAUAUUGCUGUCCGAAUUGUCCCGUCGGCGUAUCCGUUCGAUCAACAAGCUGAUUCGCGUCGGCAAAACAGAACCGGUGGUCGUCAUUCGUGUGGACCAAUUCAAGGGAUACAUCGAUUUGUCCAAGCGACGUGUCUCGCCGGAAGAUGUGGAAAAGUGCACGGAGCGAUUUGCCAAAGCAAAAGCGGUAAACUCGAUUCUCCGGCAUGUGGCUGACAUGAUGAAGUUCACCAACGAGCAGUUGGAGGAACUGUACGAGAAAACUGCCUGGCACUUUGAGGAGAAGCUCAAGAGCAAGGCCGCUGCGUACGAUGUGUUCAAACAAUGUGUCAUUGAACCAUCGUUACUGGACGAAUGCGGUUUGGAGCCCGAGGUAAAGGAACUGCUGCUGAGCAACAUCAAGCGCAAAUUGACCUCCCAGGCGGUUAAGAUCCGAGCUGACAUUGAAUGCGCCUGCUAUGGUUAUGAGGGUAUCGAUGCAGUCAAGACGGCACUCCGGUCUGGGCUGGACCUCUCGACGGAGGAGCUGCCCAUUAAGAUUAAUUUGAUUGCUCCGCCAUUGUAUGUUAUGACAACCUCAACCCCGGAAAAAGCCGACGGACUAAAAGCUCUAGAGGUGGCCAUUGAGAAGAUCAAGGAAACGAUCGAGAAUCUCGGCGGAGUGUUCAAGGUGCAGAUGGCACCGAAGGUGGUCACCGCUACGGACGAGGCCGAUUUGGCUAGGAAAAUGGAACGGGCUGAGGCUGAAAAUGCUGAAAUCGACGGUGAUGAUGAUGAGGAAGAAGACGAAGAAGGAAUCACAUACAAUCCGGAAGGAGAGGACGGCGAAGAUGUUGAUGAUAAGGGCGACAGUGCUGACGAGAACGAGGAGAAAAAGGAAGAGUAAACAGAACGCGGAAGGAAGCAUUCAGUACGACCACGACGCAAACAGUUGCAAAAAGGGAGUAGGUAUUAGAUUUGCGCGGGAGACGGCGGAAAGUGUUCACGCUAUUGAGUCGUUUAAUUUAUCGGAACAUCCUAUUAUACACAAACAUAAUCCAAUAUUUUUUGUUCUUUCCAAGAAUUGUCGUUUAGCAUUUCCUAAAAGGGGGAAAUUGUGUAAGUUUUUUUUUAAUCAAAGCCUCUAAUUAAUAAUUGCAAAUAGACUAGGCCGAAUAUGAUAAAACUAUACAUACAACUCA